AUGACCACUGUCUACUAUUUCAACGGAAGAGGAAGAGCCGAGUGCAUCCGUGUUAUGCUCACAUACUUUGGCGUCAAGUUCACUGACACUCGUUAUGAGAUGGGCAAGUUUACUGAGGAGGAUAAGUCCAGAACUACUUUUGGUCAACUCCCACACUUUGAGGAUGCCGACGUCAAGGUCUCCCAGACAAUGGCCAUCGAGCUCUACCUCGCCACCAAGCACCACAUUGUCGGCAAGAACCCAGUCGAGACUGCCCAGAUCCACUCGAUCGUCCUGUCCACCAACGAUGUCUUCCAGGCCUACUUCACCUCGCGUGCCACCGAAGAGAGCAAGCUCAAGUUCCGCACUGAGAUGGCACCACGCUACAUCAAGGUCUGGGAGAAGUUGCUCAAGGAGAACGGAGGCAAGCACCUCUGGGGCAACACCCUCACCUGGGCCGACUUUGCCAUCUUCAACGCCAUCGACUACGUCUUCUACCUGAAGGAGGGUUCGAUCAUGGACAACUUCCCAGCCUGUGUUGCCUUCCACAAGGAGUUCCUCCAGCUCCCACAGCUCACUGCCUACUUUGCCGCCCGUUCCACCACCACUCCUUUCUAA